GCUGGGAGACAGGCAACAGACACAAAAAUAAGAUUGAGCGAUGUGAAAAAAAAAGUGGCAAAGAGUAAAGGGGAUGGAGAUGAACCUGGGCAUGCUUCGUUGAUGCUGUGAGAUUUGGGGGAACAUAGGUCCAGGAAGGCACAGACCGAAAGGAAGAAAAGUGGUGUUUCUGGGGGACACGGCAUCCGGGGGUUCUUUUCACCAGGAGGCUCCCUUGAGAGCUCGCUGUCUGGCCAACGUCUUCCCCAUCGCAGCAGAUGCCCUCAAAGCACCAACCAGGCCUCCUGAAGGCGGCCGACCAGAAGCCUCUAAUAAGCUCCCCGCGAGAGCAACGCCAGGAGCUCUGCUCGCUUCCUCCCCAUGGCAGGCGCUAAAGGUCUAGCGGAACCAAAGUCUCGAGGGAAGAGCGAGCCCACGGACCGCGGAAGAAAACGCCCACCGGAAGCGGCCCCGAGACCCGAACAUGGCGGCCGUACGGUGGCUGCGCUGGGGCCUGAACCGAGCCGAAUCCUGGCUGCUCCCGCGGCCCGCGCGCUGCCCCCACCGGACUCUGAACAAACAGGUAGAGGGUACCGAAUUCCAGAGCAUCUACAGUCUGGACAAGCUCUACCCCAAAUCGCGGGGCUCGGACACCGCCUGGAGGGUUCCGGAUGAUGCAGAGCAAGCCAACUACGACAUUCCUAUAGAUCGCUUGACAAUAUCUUAUUGUCGGAGUAGUGGUCCUGGGGGCCAGAAUGUUAACAAAGUAAAUUCCAAGGCUGAAGUCAGGUUCCACCUGGCCAGCGCCGAGUGGAUUGCAGAGCCUGUACGGCAGAAGAUGGCGGUCACGCACAAAAAUAAGAUCAACAGGGCAGGAGAGUUGAUCCUUACCUCUGAAUGCAGCCGCUAUCAGUUCCGAAAUCUGGCAGAUUGCCUACAGAAAAUUCGAGACAUGAUUACUGAGGCCAGCCAGCCAGCCAAGGAGCCAUCCAGAGAAGAUGCUGCACUUCAGAAAAUCAGGAUAGAAAACAUGAAUCGGGAAAGGCUGAGAAAAAAGAGAAUAAAUUCUGCCAUAAAGACCAGCAGGAGGGUAGAUGUGGACUGAAAUCAUCCCCUCGAGCUGGCAAAGACCCUCUUUAGGGCCUCCAGGCAGCUGCCACCGAGGGAGCUUUAACACCAUCAGUGUUGUUUGUUGUCAGUGCUUGUCUGUAACAUUGGAACCAUCUCAGGAAUGUUCAUCUGGAAUGAGGGUUGUAGGCAGUGGUUGCAGAGGUCUUUACAGGCAAUUACCAUGUUGUCAAACCUCUAUUAUCCAUUUAAUAUAUUAGUUGCAAUAAAGUUCUAAACUCA